GCCUCUGCAGGUGGCGGACGAGCUGGUGAAGGUGCAGGUGGCGCUGAGCAAUAUCGCCGGCAAGAGGGAGAGGAUCAAAAUCCUGUUUAAGAAGAUUGAAGAUGUAAUAAAAUACCUCGACCCUCAGUACAUUGAUAGGAUGGCUGUUCCAGACGCUAUGAAGCUGCAGUUCAUCUUGGCAGAGGAGCAGGUUAUUCCUUCCCGUGCAGCCCUUCUGGAGCAGGUGAAGAACCUCCAGCCCAUAUUGGACAGUGCCAGUAUCCAAGCGGUUCCUGACCAUGCAGCCAAACUACAGCGACUCUCUCAAAUCCACAUACAGCAGCAGGAACAGCGUCACGAUCUCACUGACAGUGUCAAGACGCUCCUCGAAGACUACAACAAAAUG